AUAUUUACCAAGCCGAUGGAAAGGCACAAACACGAGGAAGACUUCCUGUGUCAUAUAGUAAAAUUUAACACACAGACAGCCGGAAGAGACAAAUUAUGCAGACUUUUUCAGUACACCAGCAAAUUUGCACAGUGGUAUGUUCUUCAAAAACAUUUAGAUCCAGAGGUUGCUGCAAAAUUGAAAAGACUAGAGAAUGCUAUAAGCAUGACACGUAAAGUGCUUCGAUUUGGCAAGAGUUUUGACCUGUUACACAGCAGUUUAAGCACAAUACACAUAUCAGACACUGUGCUCCGUCUGACCAUCACGCUAAGUCAUAUCAACCAAGCCCUGUACCUUUUAGUUGACCACAUUGUGUGGGCUUCAAAGAUAGGUCUCAUAGAGACACAAAGGAAGUACUGGUCAAAAUUGUCGGCGAGGUUUUGGCUUGUAUCUCUUAUCCUAAAUCUUACCAGAAAUAUCUAUGAUAUCUCCAAUUUAGUUCAAGAAGAACAGAAACAUUUACACCAGUGGGAUAAAAGGAGCCAAUACAAGAAUGGUAUUGGAGGCUACAAGGACAUUGAGAGAAAAACACCAACUAGCAUGGAAAUCUUCCAGAAGUGCUUGAGAGAAAACCACCCAGUUGCUAUAGACACUGCAAAAAAUUUUUGUGAUCUCCUCCUUCCUUUAUCAAGUUUGGGUUUUGUAAAGACUUCAAAAGGUCUUCAGGGAAUUCUUGGGAUGAUUUCUUCCUAUUUAAGUAUUCUGACUAUUUGGAACCCUGAUCUAAAACUUCAAAAUCCAUGAGCUACAUUUACCAUAUAAAUUCAAAGAACUGGCAUAUGAUUCAUGGUCUGGGAUAUGGAAGUAGAUUUCAAUUUUAAUACUGUUAAUAUACCCAAGUUUUCUUUCUUUUUUAUACCACCAAAAUUGUUAUGCAAUCACCGGAAACUACCUCAGCAUUGUGGCUAUUGCAAUAAAUGUAUAUUCAUUGAUUCUAAAUAAGUGUCUUGAAUUAGUUUUUCCAAGAUGUGAUGUUACGUAAUCAAGAGUAUAUAUUAAACACUUUUGAAAUACCGAUUUAGGCAUUCCUUAUAUUCAUGUGAUAAAAAUGUUAUUUUUUAAAAAAAGCAUUGUAUAAGACCAUGCCAGUUUGGGAUCAAACCUUUCAUUCAUGUUAGUUUGAAGUUGUUUGUUAAUGCUUAUUAUUUUGAAUUAAGUGUAAUCAGGUCUUGUGUUUGAACAUACAAUUAGCAGGUG